UCUCUCUCUCUCUCUCUCUCUCAUACACACACAGAACCAGGAAGUUUAUUUCAACAAAAACGGAACUCAGAGUGCUGCAUUGAGUUCAGAAAAAUGGCUGAGGCGAGUAUUUCAGUAGAUCAGGAUCAGUUCAUCUGUUCAGUGUGUCUGGAUCUCCUGAAGGAUCCGGUGACUCUCUCCUGUGGUCACAGUUUCUGUAAGGUGUGUAUUAAUGGCUGCUGGGAUCAGGAGGAUCAGAAGGACGUCUACAGCUGUCCUCAGUGCAGAGACACUUUCACACCAAGGCCUGUUCUACGCAGAAAUAACAUGCUGGCUGAAGUGGUGGAGAAACUGAAGAAGAAGACUGAAGUUCAAGCUGCUUCUCCUGAUCACUGUUACGCUGGACCUGGAGAUGUGGAGUGUGAUUUCUGCACCGGGAGAAAACACAAAGCCGUCAAGUCCUGUCUGAUGUGUGUGGCUUCGUUUUGUGAAACUCAUCUCAAACCUCACUAUCAAGUUCCUUCAUGGAAAAAGCACAAGUUAGUGGAAGCUUCUGGAAAUCUACAAGAGAAGAUCUGCUCUGAACAUGAUAAAGUGCUGGAGAUCUUCUGUCGUUCUGACCAAAGCUUCAUCUGUUAUCUGUGUAUGACGGAUGAACAUAAAAGCCACGACACCGUCUCAGUGAAAGCUUACAGAAGUGAGAAAGAGAAUAAGCUACAGGAGGAGCAGCUGAAAUUCCAGCAGAGACUCCAGGAGAAGCAGAAGAAGGUGCAGGAGCUGAAACAGGCUGUGAACACUAUAAAGCUCAGUACACAGACAGCAGUGGAGGACAAUGAGAGGAUCUUUACUGAGCUGAUCAGCUUCCUGGAGAAAAAGCGCUCGGAGGUGACGGAGAUGAUCAGAGCUCAGGAGAAGGCUGAACUGAGUCGAGCUGAACGACUCCUGGAGCAACUGGAGCAGGAGAUUGAUGAUCUUCAGAGGAGAGUCACUGAGAUGGAGAAGCUUUCACACACACACAAUCACAUCCAUUUCCUCCAGAGUUUCCAGUCUCUUCGUGUCUCUUCUGGACAUGACGACACAUCCAGCAUCACUGUCAGUCAACAUCUCUCAUUUGAUGGAGUGAAGAAAUCUCUCUCUGACCUGAAAAAGAGACUCGUGGAAAUCUUCCAGGAGGAAUUCAUCAACAUCCCUGGACGUGCUGCAGAACUUCAGAUAAUUUUACCCUCAGAACCAAAGAGUAGAGAUGAUUUUCUGCACUAUUUCUGUUCUCUGACUCUGGAUCCAAACACGGUGCACCGUUUCCUCAUUCUGUCUGAGAAGAACAAAGUGGUGACAGACAGUAGGGAACAUCAGCCGUACUCUGAACAUCCAGAGAGAUUUAUCGACUACAAUCAGGUGUUGUGUAAGGAGAGUGUGUGUGGACGCUGUUACUGGGAGGUGGAGUGGAGCAGUAAAGAUUGUGUGUAUAUCGCAGUCUCAUAUAAAGACAUCUGCAGGAAAGGUCGGGGUAAUGACGGCUGGUUUGGAGGCAACAAUAAGUCCUGGGGUCUGAGAUGUUCUCCUUCUUUCCUGUCUUUCCGGCACAACAACAUUAAUACUGACCUCAGUGCUCCAUCAUCCUCCCGAAUAGGAGUGUAUGUGGAUCACAGUGCAGGAACUCUGUCCUUCUACAGCGCCUCUGACACCAUGAAGCUCCUCCACAGAGUCCACACCACAUUCACUCAGCCUCUAUAUGCUGGGUUCUGGCUGCGCUGUUAUGGAUCAACUGUAAGGUUAUGUGAUCCAAAGGAUCCAAGUGAUGGCAUUUGAAGCUGCAGUUUAAUCAAGUAACAUAUUGAAAAGAUUGAAACCAGAUAAGUGACCAGUAGUCGGUAAUUUGCUACUUUAUUCAACGCUGUUUAAAUACUGAUGAAUCAGACAAAAUGAUUUAAUUUGUACGUCCCCAAAAAUAAUGUAAUGGAGUAAUAUGGACUGUAAUAAGUGUGUUAGAAGUAAAGUAUGAGCACAUUCAAUCAUUCAUUUUCUACCGCCUAUCGAACUCAGGCGUCAUCGGGCAUCGAGGCAGGAUACACCCUGGACGGAGUGCCAACCCAUCACAGGGCACACACACACUCUCAUUCACUCACACACACACACACACUACGGACAAUUUCCCAGAGAUGCCAAUCAACCUACCAUGCAUGUCUUUGGACCGGGGGAGGAAACCGGAGUACCAUGUAUUACUCGGGUAUGAUUCUGGCCCAUUCUUCCACACAAACACUCUUUACAUCUUGAAGGUUCCUUGGGCCACUUCUAUGAACUUUGAGUUCUAGUUCUUUCCUUUUCCAAUUCAUUUCCAUCUUUUUCUAUUGGAUUCAAUCCGGUUAUUGGCAAAUCUGUUCUACGUAGUAGCUUAAUUUUCUUUUUCUGGAACCAAUUGAGAGGUUUCUUAGGAUUGUUGUUGUCAGGGAUCAGCGCAGACUUAUGGCCAUGUGCGUUUGUGUUUGUUUGGGUCACGUGAUUGCCCCGUCCACGUCUGCUCCUCCCGGUCAUCACACCUGUUCCCCAUUGUGUGUGAUUGUCCCUGU